AUGUUGCGUGUCAUUAUCAGAGAAGAUCCCGACGCUGCGUCGGUGUACAUCGCAGACUACAUCAUCAGUCGCAUCAAAGCAUUCAAUCCGACUGAGAACCAGCCGUUCGUGCUGGGCCUACCUACUGGCAGCAGCCCGGAAAUCAUCUACAAGAUCCUUGUGCAGCGCCAUCGUGCCGGGGAGAUUUCGUUCAAGGAUGUCGUGACCUUCAACAUGGAUGAAUAUGUCGGCUUGCCUCGUGACCACCCCGAGUCCUACCAUAGCUUCAUGUACAAGCACUUCUUCUCACAUGUCGACAUUCCACCCCAGAACAUCAACAUUCUCGAUGGCAACGCACCGGAUAUGGCCACCGAGUGCACCUCUUUCGAAGCGCGCAUCGCUCACUAUGGCGGAAUCGAGUUGUUCCUGGGUGGUGUCGGGCCAGAUGGUCACAUUGCCUUCAACGAGCCCGGGUCGUCACUGAACAGCCGCACUCGUGUCAAGACCCUCGCGUACGACACCAUUCUGGCCAACUCGCGCUUCUUCGAAAAUGACGUCAACAAGGUGCCCCGGAUGGCGAUGACCGUGGGAAUCCAGACCAUCAUGGAUGCGCGCGAGGUGGUGAUUGUGGCCACUGGUGCUCACAAGGCCUUUGCGGUGCAGAAGGGACUCGAGGAUGGUGUAAACCACAUGUGGACUCUCUCAGCCCUCCAAUUGCACCCGCAUCCUCUGAUUGUCUGCGAUCGCGAUGCCACCCUGGAGCUCAAGGUCAAGACUGUGCGGUACUUCGAAUCCAUCGAACAGGCUGGUACCGAUGCCCGCACUCAGGGCCCUGCCCUCGUUUACCGUCCACGAGCCUACCCUACCCCUAUGCCAGCCAAGAGAUCAUCGCCACGGCAGCAGCAGACCCCCGUUGGAACCCCGAAGAAAGUACCCAAGGACCUGCGCAUCAACACCGAACUUCACCGGUUAAUGGAGGAGGACGAGCUUACACCGGACAGCAUGUCCUCGCGCAUGGUCGAUUCGGCCAUUGGGGGCCUUGACGGCACCCUGAAUAAUGAUCUGGUCUUCGAUCGUAUGGGCGCGAGAAUGACUGCACACUAA